AUGGCCGACUUGGACACUCACCUGCGGCAGCCCUGGCGUACGGUGCACGGCAUCCCCAUGGUCUGCGCCUUCGCCCACAACUGGGAGCGGGUUGACGCCUUCCAGAGCCGCCCCGAGGACAUCGUGGUGGUCACCUUCCCCAAAUCCGGCACCACCUGGGUCAGCGAGAUCGUGGACAUGAUCAUGAAAGGUGGUGAUCCUGAAAAAUGCAAACGGGAUGCCAUCAUCAACCGGGUGCCCAUGCUGGAGUUCGCUGCCCCUGGGAAGAUGCCGGCAGGCACAGAGCAGCUGGAGGCCAUGGCGUCCCCUCGCAUCAUCAAGACCCACAUCCCAGCUCGCAUCUUGCCCAAAUCCUUCUGGGAAAACCGCUGCAAGAUGAUCUAUGUGGGGCGCAAUGCCAAGGACGUGGCGGUCUCCUUCUACCACUUUGACCUGAUGAACAAGCUGCACCCACACCCCGGGACGUGGGCCCAGUACCUG